UCAUUACGUCACACAUUGGCUUCUACUUCCGCUAGCGUCUGGCAAGUACUUACCGGAAGUAGAAAAGGGUGUCACUUGUGUUAUGCACGACUGACCACUUUUCAACUUGUGCUAAUUUUCUUUUUCAGUUACACAGAUGGCUUACCCGGGAUACGGUGGGUAUGGCAGCCCAAUGCCGCCCCAAGGAAUGCCUGGAGGACCAAUGGGGAGACCCGUACUUGGUCACAUGGGUGGACCAAUGCUUGGCCCAAUGGGAGGUGCACUGCCCCAGGGUGGUGGGUACUCCCCCUAUGGAGGAGGCUAUCAGGCCACGUAUGGUGCUCUGGCCCCAGCUGCCAAUGACCCAAUGUGGGGUUACUUCACAGCCAUUGCUGGCCAGGACGGUGAGGUGGAUGCAGUGGAGCUGCAGAGGUGUUUAACUCAAUCUGGCUUCACUGGAACCUACAGCCCAUUUAGCCUGGAGACAUGCAGAAUCAUGAUCGCGAUGCUCGAUAGAGACUUUACAGGUAAGAUGGGCUUCAAUGAGUUCAAGGAGCUGUUUGUGGCGCUGAACGGCUGGAAGCAGAACUUCACAAUGUUUGACCGGGACAGGAGUGGUACUGUUGAGCCCCAUGAGAUGAACCAGGCAAUCAGCUCAAUGGGAUACCGCAUCAGUCCUCAGGCUCUGAACGCAGUCAUCAAGCGCUACAACAAAAGCGGCCGCAUCUACUUUGACGAUUACGUGGCCUGCUGCGUCAAGCUUCGUGCACUCACAGAUCAUUUUAAGAGGAGAGAUACCAUGCAGCAAGGUUCUGUACAUUUUGGCUAUGAUGACUUCAUCCUUUGCACUAUGUCCAUUUAAGUGCUGCUGGUGGGCGGAGCAACCAUGCCAAAAUCCUUUGGCGAGCCAAUCAGGCAUUGCCGCCGGACCAAUCACUGUACAGCAAAAGCAAUCGUGGCCAGUCGGGUCCCUGGAGGGUUAUAGGCGUGGGACCAUUUUGCUUGUAAAGCUUGCUAUAACAUUAAUGUAUUUGCUUAUAAAUGGAUAUAUACACAUACUAGUAUAAUUUAAAAAUGUGUCAAGCCAAAGGUAGAGUCAUAGUUUGGAAAAGAGAUUUGGUGACACCUGUGCCAUUUUUUUUUGAAGUGGAGUGAAGAUCGUGCUGUCUUAUAACAACUUUAUAUAAAUCUAUUUUAAAUGUAUGCAAAGUAUCAAGUUGUAUUUUUGUAGCCCCCAAAAGAGACUGCACGUAACCGAGGCUGUAGUAGAUCAUAUUUUGUUACUCACAAAGCGUUUUAUAAAUCCUGUAUGCUUUGUGUUCAUUGACUUUGUAGAAUUGUGCAUUUUUCUAGUGUACUUAACAUUUUGUUCAAUUUCAUUAAAGAACACAGACACAGGAUUAACUGUGGAAAAAACGAUGCCUUGUAUUACAUCCUGGCAAACAACAACAAACAUGCAUUAAAUGAAUUGUGACCAGCA